AUGACGACCUACGAUUACGACUACUUGUUGCUCGGUGGAGGAUCCGGAGGAGUCUCGUCCGCCAAGCGUGCUGCUAUCAACUACGGAAAGAAGGUCUGCGUCGUUGAAGCGAACCGUUGGGGAGGAACUUGUGUCAAUGUUGGCUGCGUUCCCAAGAAAAUCAUGUUCUUGGCCGCCAGCAUGCGCGAGACGUUGGUCCACGAAUGUCCUCAGUAUGGAUUUGGAACUCCCGAUGCCACAUUUGAUUGGGCCGCCAUGAAAAAAAAGAGGGAUGCCUACAUUGUCCGUCUCAACAAGAUUUACGAAAGUGGACUCGAUAAGAAUGACAAUGUCGAUAUUUUUGAAGGAUGGGGAUCCUUUGUCGAUGCCCAUACCAUUGAAAUCAAACUCAAGGAUGGCACUACCAAAACCGUGACGGCCGAUAAAAUUGUCGUGGCAACGGGAGGUAAACCCAUGGUGCCACCCGGUGAGGGAGUGGCCGAACAUUGCAUUACCAGUGAUGGAUUCUUUGAAUUGGAAUCGCUGCCAAGUAAGGUGGUGGUGGUCGGUGCCGGAUACAUUGCCGUCGAAUUGGCCGGUGUCUUGCAUGCUUUGGGAUCGGAAACCCAUUUGGUCGUUCGCAAACAAAAGGCACUCCGCGAGUUUGAUCCCGAUAUUGCCGAUAUGCUCGAUGCCGAAUACACCAAGGCGGGCAUUACCAUUCAUCGCAAUACCAAUGGUGUGGCCAAAAUUGAACUCGGCGAUGGAGGCAAGAAAAAGGUCACCAUGCAAAAUGAUGAAGUCAUUGAAGGAGCCGAUAUUGUCCUCAUGGCACCGGGACGUGUCCCCAUUACCGAAGGCCUUGGAUUGGAAAAGGCCGGUGUCAAGUUGAAGGAAGGAAAAGGAUACCUUGAAGUGGAUGAGUUUCAAAAUACCAGUGUCGACAAUAUUUACGCCUUGGGAGACGUCUGUGGAAAAGUGGAACUCACCCCCAUGGCCAUUGCCGCCGGUCGUCGGUUGUCGGAUCGACUCUUUGGAGGAGACGCUUACGAAAAAGCCAGGGCCAGUUACGAAAAUGUCCCCACGGUCGUCUUUUCCCAUCCUCCCAUUGGUGGCUGCGGCAUGACGGAACCACAGGCUGUUGCCAAAUACGGAGAGGACAAUAUCAAGGUGUACAAGUCGCGAUUUGCCAAUCUGUUUUAUGGAAUCUACGAUGUGGCCGAUCCCAACGACAAACCCAAGACAUUCAUGAAAGUGAUUUGCGCCGGAGAAAACGAAUUGGUGGUUGGAAUGCACGUCAUUGGAAUGGGCGCGGAUGAAAUGAUGCAAGGAUUCGGUGUCGCCAUGAAGAUGGGAUGCACCAAGGCAGACUUGGAUUCAUGUGUCGCCAUCCAUCCCACGGCAUCGGAGGAGUUGGUCACCAUGGGGACCUGGGGAACCAGUCCUCAAGCCAGCGGCGCGGCCGUACCUCCUCUCAUGGGUGCAUCCGCCCCGGAACCCAAGUUGAAGAGCAAAAUGUAG